GCUGGAUUCGGGUGCGACCAUCAUGAGAAAACUGAAUUGAAAUAACCAAUGAAUCCAAAUAUAACUCGAACUCUGAGACAAUGAAGUCCCCUUUUGAAUGCCUGAUACUAACCUUUUGCUUAUUCGUCCUUCCAGGUCACUUUGCAGCAUUAAGACAAACUAACUGGACCUUUACAUUACCAGAAUCCAUAGAAGCCCCAAUAAAUUCCACUGUGGAGAUUCCUUGCACCUUCACCGCCCCCGAUGUCCCUGGACAGUACGACCUGACAUGGUAUAAAUAUGGGAGCAUCACACAUGUGGAGGUUUAUAGCAGUGAUAACCAGAGUCGAGUCCACCCGGAUUAUAUCCAUCGCACCUUCCACGUAGGUAACGGAACAAACUGCUCGCUGACAAUCACAGACGUGAUAGAGACGGCGUGGUACUUCCCAGCCAUAAGGAAUGACUCUUUUAACAUAAGCAGUGAGCAGAAGCCAGUCAAGAUUAAUGUUACAGGUUGCACUAACAGAUCAACUUGCUCUUCCUGGAGCUUUACCUUCCCUAGAACCAUCACGGCUUUGGACAGUUCCUGUGUGGAGAUACCCUGCACAUUAACCCACCCAGCUAAUGACAUGGAUUUUAACUUGGUGUGGUUCUUAAGAAUGCCGUCGGGAGACGUCAAAGUUUACGACAACAAGACUCGUCAUAAUGUAGACAGGAAGUACGUAAGACAAACAUCUCUGCUCCGGAUGAGGAGAAGCAGCUGCGCAUUGAAGAUCAAUAAUAUCAAAAAAGAUGGACAAUAUUAUCCAGGAAUAAACCAGAUAAUCAAUGCCUACAACCUUGAUGGAAGAGUCUGUACAGUGACCGUCUCAGAGUUUCCACAGAAGCUAGAAAUAACAGGGACUGAGAACCUUAAAGAAUCCAUAGCUGUCAAUAUCUCAUGUGCUAUAAAUCAUACUUGUGGCUCAAGCCCUCCAGAGCUCCAAUGGAAUAUCGAAAAUGACAAUGCCAAUGUCCGCAAUGUGAACAGAACUCGAGGUACCUGGACAGUCAUAUCUGAAAUAAGCUAUCUGCCUUCCUCCAAGGACAAUAACAGUCCCCUGGAAUGCAAAGCUACUUUCCCAAAUGGUGUCACAUCUGUUCAAACAGAGACCCUGCUUGUUGAAGCUUCCGCUGAGCCAAACGUUUCUGUUAUCACUAUUUCUGUUCUGGCUGGAAUCGCCUGUCUUGUUUUGAUUGUAUCACUUGUCUUCAUUUAUAGGAGAACUAAAUGUUUUCACGCAUCAGCAAUCGGAGAGGUGGAAGAAAGCCCCGAACUCACAUAUACAACUCUGAACAGGAGAGAGGUGGCAGAGGUGGCGGAAGAUUACGACACAUUGAAGUUUGAUAACAGGGGAAAUGCAGCGACUGGAAACGAAAAUGACGCUCCAUAUUACGAAAACAUUCAGCUUUGAUUUUUUUCCCCCCCUCUUUGAUACUGUUUAAAGAGGUUGACUAUUAGGACAUAGUGAUGCCCUUUGAAUGGCCACUGUGUAAUACACCAUUCCUCCUGUAGUGGCCGCUGUAUCUUCCGGCAGCAAUAACUGAUUUCCAGGGAUUCAACAACCGGACCCAUGGAGAUCAUCUGGUCCCAAGUCGGCCCUCAUUUAAAGAA